AAGCACCCCAAGCGCCACCAAACGUCCCACCACUUCACGAAUUUCAUUCGCCAAGUGAGCACGCGGCUUCGUCUGGUUCUGCAAAAGAAGUUUUUAUUCUGUGACUUUUGUGAGAAGUUAUCAACUGAAGCAAAAUGGGCAAGGAUUUCGAUGCUGUUGGAUUCGUCAAGGACUUCGCUGCCGGAGGCAUCUCCGCAGCCGUCUCGAAGACCGCCGUCGCCCCCAUUGAGCGUGUGAAGCUGCUCCUGCAGGUUCAGCACAUCUCGAAACAAAUCAGCCCCGACAAGCAGUACAAGGGCAUGGUUGAUUGCUUUAUCCGCAUUCCAAAGGAACAGGGAUUCUCGUCGUUCUGGCGCGGUAACUUGGCCAACGUCAUCAGAUACUUCCCGACCCAGGCUCUGAACUUUGCCUUCAAGGACAAGUACAAGCAGGUCUUCCUGGGAGGUGUUGACAAGAACACCCAGUUCUGGCGCUACUUCGCCGGCAACUUGGCCUCCGGCGGUGCCGCUGGUGCCACCUCUCUGUGCUUUGUCUACCCCUUGGACUUUGCCCGUACUCGCUUGGCUGCUGAUACCGGCAAGGGAGGUGCUCGUGAAUUCACCGGUCUGGGCAACUGCUUGACCAAGAUCUUCAAGAGCGACGGCCUCGUUGGCCUGUACCGCGGCUUCGGUGUGUCCGUCCAGGGCAUCAUCAUCUACCGUGCCGCCUACUUCGGCUUCUACGAUACCGCCCGCGGUAUGCUGCCCGACCCCAAGAACACACCCAUCUACAUCAGCUGGGCCAUCGCCCAGGUUGUGACAACCGUCGCUGGCAUCGUGUCCUAUCCCUUCGAUACCGUGCGUCGUCGCAUGAUGAUGCAGUCGGGUCGCAAGGCCACCGAGAUCAUCUACAAGAACACAAUCCACUGCUGGGGAACCAUCGCCAAGCAGGAGGGCACUGGUGCCUUCUUCAAGGGCGCCUUCUCCAACGUUCUCAGAGGCACUGGCGGCGCUUUCGUGCUUGUGUUGUACGAUGAGAUCAAGAAGUUCUUGUAAAUUAAAUUAUUAAAUUAUUCAAACAAGCAAAAUACAACAACAACAUACAACAACAACAACAACAAAACAGAACACUACCAGCUAAUUAUGUUAGAUAACUGAAAGCAACAGCAACAGCAAUGUUUGAUCUGCAACCAACACCUCUUACCAAGAACAACGGCAAGCAAUAACAACACCCUUCCACCCUCCCCCCUGAUAUAAUUACGAAAUUAUAUUAUUUAUAAUAACUGGGAAUUAAUUUACGGAACGAUGAUGGCCAGAGUCAAUAGAACAACAAUACAAUACAGCAAUGCUAGGAGACGAGGAUACGGUUCGGCUCAUGGGAGACCCACUACACUGAAAGACGAACGAACAUAGCGACGAUAUUGAUAUUGAUUAGUAUUGUUAAGUUUGGGUUAGGCUAUAUACUACUAUAUGCCGUCAUGUUGCCGGGUCGCGCCACAUCUCCCCAGCCAAAUCAGUGUUAUCGAUAGGGUGCAAGGAACCGAACGAAGACCUGUAGGUUCCUUCGCAUCCGACACGACAAACAAACUCAACUUCGGUUGGUUUAAAAAUAUAUAAAAAUUGAUAAAAAUAGUA